AUGGACAAUACAAGCACAUAUUUAUUUAACUUUAAAGGCUACAAUUUUGAGAGAUCACUUGUUAAAAUGGAGAUAAUAGAAAAUGUGGACAACUUCGAAAUUAGAAAUGAUGAUGUCUUCAUAAUCACAUAUCCAAAGUCUGGAACCAUCUGGACUCAGCAGAUACUCAGCUUGAUUUAUUUUGAGGGACACCGGAACAGAACAGAAAACAUACAAACAGUUGAUAGAGCACCAUUCUUUGAAUAUAAUUUACAUGAUUUGGACUUCAUCAAAAUGCCAUCACCUCGCAUCUUUGCUUCCCACCUCCCAUAUUACUUGGUUCCAAAGGGUCUCAAGAACAAAAAAGCUAAAAUUCUUUAUAUCUACAGAAAUCCUAAAGACAUUUUGACCUCAUUCUUUCAUUUUUCAAAUUUGAUGGUUCUAUUUGAAGCUAGUGACUCUAUAGAAAAUUUUAUGGAAAAGUUUCUAGAAGGAAAAGUGUUAGGAAGCCUUUGGUUUGAUCACAUAAGAGGCUGGUAUGAGCACAGACAUGAUUUCAAUAUUCUGUUCAUGAGCUAUGAAGACAUGAAGAAGGACCUGAGAGGCUCAGUGCUUAAAAUCUGCCAUUUCCUUGAGAAAGAUCUGAGUGCAGAAGAUGUAGAUGCUGUUGUGAAGCAAGCUGCAUUUCAGAACAUGAAAUCUGACUCACGAGCAAAUUAUGAAGAUAUUAUACAAAAUGAAAUUGGGACAAGAAAUAGUGAAGGAAAGUUUCUGCGCAAAGGUACCAUUGGAGAUUGGAAAAAUCAUUUCACUGUGGAGCAGAGUGAAAGAUUUGACAGGAUAUUCCUGAAAAACAUGAAAGACAUUCCCCUGAAGUUCGUCUGGGAUAUGAAUGAGGAUUAG